AUGUCGCAAAUGUAUGACUCGAAUGUGAUUCUCAUGAUGCUAGGAGAUGAUUUUCGUUUCGACAUGAUCGAGGAGUGGCAUCAACAUUACGAUAACUUUCUUCCACUUUUUGAAGAAAUCAACAGUCGACAUAACGCUAAAAUAAGGUUCGGCACGUUAUCGGAUUACUUCAAUGCCUUAGAACGAUGGUAUGGUAAACACAAACGUCAGCCCUCUACACUUUCUGGUGACUUCUUUCCAUACAAGUAA